GUCCGUUGCAGAGGCGUCGCCGUAAAGUCGCUCGAUCGUAAUCUCGACCACGGAACAUCGUUUGGUGAAUUAAACUUUGCGAAUCGAUCAUCAUCAUCGCCGAAAGCCGCCAAUUUGCUCGCAGGAAUCGCAAAGAAAAUAUCGUCCAUAUGGACAGUCUGUGGUCGACGACGAAGUGUGCGUGCACGGGGCGAUCCAAAAAGGGAGUCAUCAACGAAGAGGAGUGCUCCGAUACGUCAAAAUCGGAGUCGGAGUUGUCGGCCGUCAAAUUAACCGUCGCCAAAACCGCUAAACCGCGACGUCGGAUCGCCUUCAACUGCAGAGAAAUAAAACGGAUCAUUCCGGACAAAAUUCUCAGGUGCUUCGGCCAAGACGAGAUAGAAAUGACCAAACUCGAAAAAACAAUUAAGGCAUCGCUGCUGAUUCAAAAAUGGUACAGAAGAUACAUGGCAAGAUUGGAGGUAAGGCGGAGGUACACCUGGACCAUAUUUCAGAAACUGGAAUACGCCGGGGAACAGGACCAAGUGAAGCUAUAUAAUUUCUUUAACGCUUUAUUGACUCAUAUACCCCACACCGCAAACAGAAAUUUUAAUUCCAAAGAAAAUUCUAGAUCUUCGUCGUUAGAAAAUUUAGACUUGGAAUUCGAAGACGAAUCUCCAGAUGAGGAAUAUUCCUACGACCAAGAAGACAAGAAGACUUUGAGAAACUUCAGUCUGGAGUAUCCGUACACCGAGAAAAACGUGACGCAGUUGAUAGAGAUAUACAGGAAGCACAGGCAUUUCAGGCUGCAUCCGAAGAUGGUAGCUGACGUCUUAAAAAGGUCGAUAACUACGUUGAGGAAGCUUCCGAAUAUAAAUGUCGCCUCCACCGCCAUUUCGAAGCAAAUCACAAUUUGCGGGGACCUGCACGGAAAGUUCGAUGAUUUGUUGGUGAUAUUGCACAAGAAUGGCCUUCCGUCCGCUGGAAACCCCUAUGUGUUUAAUGGAGAUUUUGUCGACAGGGGUAAAAGGGGUUUGGAGGUUUUCCUCGUCCUGCUGCUUUGCGUCCUCACGUUCCCCGGAGGGGUGUACCUAAACAGAGGCAAUCACGAGGACCAUAUUAUGAAUCAGAGAUACGGGUUCAUUAGAGAAGUUCAGACGAAGUAUAGAAAAAACGCCGAACGGCUGUUGAAACUUAUCGAAGAUGUCUACAGGUGGCUUCCACUGGGAACGAUAGUUAACAAUACGGUUCUUGUGGUCCACGGGGGAAUUUCCGAUAACACUGACCUGGGCGUCAUUAGAAAUUUGGAACGCGAAAAGUACGCAUCGCUUUUGAGGCCGCCUUUAAAUGACAUCAGCGCUCCAGGAGCCGAGGCGAUCAAUAAAGUGGAAUGGAAACAGGUAUUCGAUUUGUUAUGGUCGGACCCUCAGGAUAACAGCGGCUGCAUUCCCAACAGUUUGCGAGGCGCCGGGACUUAUUUCGGACCUGACGUUACAAAGAAAUUCGUGAAGGACAAUCGCUUGUCCCUCAUAGUAAGGUCGCACGAAUGCAAACCGGAAGGAUACGAGCUUUGCCAUGACAAUUUGAUUUUGACGAUUUUUUCGGCAUCGAACUAUUACGAGGUGGGAUCCAACAACGGCGCUUACGUAAAACUGAUGGGGACUGGAACACAACUCGAGCCUUACUUCGUACAAUACAUGGCGAACGCCGGCAAAAGAAAAUUGAAUUUCUACCAGCGGAUGGGGCUGGUGGAGUCGGGAGCCACCAGGGAAUUGCAAGCGCAAAUUCUCAACAAUAAGAGUAAAAUCGAAGCUGAAUUCGCAGCCUUAGAUACCGGCGGCACAGGAAUGAUCUCCAUCGCUCAAUGGUGCAUCGGGUUGGAAAAUGUCACAGGUCUCCAGAUUCCAUGGAGGCUGCUCAAGGAAAAGUUGGUCACGAUCGACCCAGAGACGAAUAUGGUAAAGUACCAGACCACUUUCGACAUUAAGAGUGAGACGUUAAAUUCUGUUCAAGGGGCCAGUACCGUUGUGGAAACUCUUUAUAGGAACAAAAGCAGUUUAGAGGCCAUAUUCAGGAUCAUCGACAAGGAUAAUUCCGGGUACAUCAGCCUAGAUGAGUUGGCAGACGCUUGCAAUCUCAUUAAGGAGCAUAUGCCUUGUCCGAUGACUGACGAACAACUUGCGGAGAUAUGCAAAAUGAUGGACAUAAACAAAGACGGUCUGGUGGAUCUCAAUGAAUUUAUGGAGACCUUCAGAAUGGUGGAUCCCGAAACCAGACGCGUCAACGGACCUAGCACGCCAGAAAACUUCAAAAACGAGCAAAUGGUCGUUUCCAGUUUGAAACCCGACGGCAACUCUUUGACAGUGCAAGUUCACAACGCUUUCGCGGACGAAGUGGAAGUGAACAAAAUCGUUCCUGUUGUACACAACAAUGGAUUGCAGACGUCGCCGGUGUUAAGCAGCCGAAGAGCAUCGCAAAUAUAACUUCUUGUACUAUAGCUAGUGCUAAGAGGAAAAUGUCAAUUUAAUUAUACGACUGCAAUUGUGAAAAAUUCUCGCUCGAUUUUUCAGUUUUUUGUUCUAGUAGUGUAAUGAGAUUGAGGGUAUAUCCAACUCAUGUUAAUGUUAAAAAUUUUUGUCUUCCUUGCUCAUCGUUUCGCUCUCUGUCUCCACAAUAUAAGCGCCCACAUACAUAGAGUUUAAAAAAAAAGGCGAUAAACAUAGUCUUUGAUUCAUUGUUCAAAACAAAGGGUAGCAGCUCAUUAUUAUAUGUGGAAACGUUGAAUCUGAAGUCAACCGCGAAUUUCUUGUUUUCUAUUUUAAAACACGAAAAGAAAUAAAGCUUUAAAAUUUUAUGAAAAACCUCCCGCAUAUUUUUUCACAAUUUUGGGGACCGAAAUAGACCACCGUCCUUCUGACUACCUGACUAAAUUUCAAGCACACUUUCUUUUCUUUUUUUCGACAUGUCUUGUUUAGCGUUUUAUUUUUAUUUGUGAAAAAAUGAAAGAUUAACUCUACUGGAUUAUAUUCUUACUUCCGAUUCGAACGAAGCGACUCAGGUAUCUUACAAUUAUUUCGUUUUUUGUUCAAUUAUUCUAAAAUAUAGAAAAUCUAGUAGUAUUUUUCAAAAAAUCAAAAGAUUUAAAAAAAUUAGAUUAUAAUAAAUUUAAUUCCGACUUAAACCGUGCCGAGGGCGUAGAAUUUAUCAGUAUAAUAUAAAUGUUCUGUUAGAUACUCACGCCUCACUCAAAAUCAAUAAUAUAUCACACAACAUGACGUAUGGGUGCAAUUAUUAACACUCCAGUUACUAGAAACAAGUCAUAAUCUAAAUUUAAAAAGAGUAAAAGGCAGACCUAUAAAACUCUGAGAUAUAUCACAACUGCGAUAAAAAAAAAGAAAAUGUAUUGGAAUAACUUUUUUAUUAUAAUGAAUGGAUGAGUUCGCAUGAGACUAUUAAAGGGAAAAACUAAUGAUGUACCUGCAAAUAUAUGUAAUGUCGAGGAUAUAAAUAGUAAUAAAUAGAAAUCUGUUCCCGAACUACCCCUGAUAAGGAUUUAAUUUUAUAUUAUACUAAUAGAGUAAAUAGUUCAUUCCCGUGUGCUUUUUUUGACCCCUGCAAUUGAAACUGUUGUAUUCUUGAUAAUUAGGACUAUUGAUUUAGGUGCUAAUAUAUCUACAAUUAAUUUAUAUAGUCACCAUAUUUUCUGAAAUUGUUCUGCCUCUGCCUCUAUUAUUCCAAAAAAAUAUUUUCAAUAUGGUUUCAAUUAAAUUUUUAUUACUACGAGACUGCAACCAGCCAUUAGUGAAGUAGCAGGUUUUGGUAAAGAAUGAGGUACCCUUAGUUUGUAAAGCUUUUUUUAAUUCUGGCAAAUUUUCUCUUGUUCAUGUAUUGUAAAUCAGGAUUCGUUUCAUUAAUUUUUUUGGGAUUAACGUGAUUGCGUUGUCUAUGCACAAUAAACAAAUUCAUUAAAACAGCAUUAGAAUACCGGUUUCCUUCCAUUUUGAAAUGAUUUUUUAGACACUAUUUGCUCCACAACCCAUAAUAAAUAAAUUUUUAUAAAACUAUCAAACGAAAAAUGAAUUAUGUAAUAUAAGACGCAUGGCCGCCUAAAAGAUGAAAUAUGCCAAAGUUUUCAGAUAAACUUGCAUUUAAUUCAGAAACCAAAAGAUUUACGUAUAGGGAUACAUAAUUUCAUUUAUUCUUUGAACACAUGAUAAUAUACAGGGUUAGGUUUGACCGAUCCUUCAUAUCUUAUUCGAUAUUAAGAAAUUCUGUUCCAUAUCCCGUUAAGCUGAGUCCAAACUUUCAAGUUUCUGCUGACUCCAGUGUCGUAGUAAUAAAAGUUUAAUUGAAUCUCUGUCUUGAUCGGACAAAUGACGAAAAUAAUUGUUUUCCUUAAAACCGCUGGAGAUAGGGAUAGAUUAGGAACAUGUUAUUUAAAAACAAUCAUAAAGUAUGAGCGGAUCCGAAAAUAUAACACAUGGUGACCCAUUAAAUUUUAAUUUUAAUGUUGACGCUACUUUUUAAAUUUACAUCUAUAGAGCAUCGCCGCUUAUGGAACUAAUGAAAUUUUGCAAGGCAAUAAUGGUGUAACUUCUUCAUCCAUUAACGUUAAUAAUGAUAUCCUUCAGAGGUCCGUUUUAAGCCUUUCUUCACUGUAUAUGGUUCUCGAUUCACAAAAUUCAAAAAAUCAAAAUAUAUAUAAUAGUAAUAGUAAGUAAAUAGACCUUUAUUAUUAUUAAUACUAUUAUGAAAGUUUAUAAAUAAA